AUGUCUUAUGAAUUUCUUUUAGUCGGUAAUAAUCGUCGUCUACUUUCGGAUCGUUUUCAAUUUACUCAUUCUAAAAUAACUGAUGCUCUUACAACUAAAAAAUGGAAAUUACAAGUCAAUUAUCCUCGAAUAUCAUCAAACAAUAAACAAACUCCUUUAUAUUUAACUUUAAAAUCUCUUAAUCCUAUACAACCAAAUUAUGGUAAAUUUGAAAUUAUAUGUCAAAAAAAACAUCAUAUUCUUCGACGUUAUAUUGAAUCUAUGGAAGAUCUUACUAAUAGUUAUACAAUAGAAUUUUUUUACAUUU